CAUUCUCAAAAAAAAGAAGAAGAAAAAACAUACUGUAUAACGGACGCAGGUCAGGUGCAUCUAUUUUCCUUCUCAGAUCACGGGAGAGAAGUCUACGCACCACGUCGGCGUCGCCGGCCCCCUCCCUCCUUCCAUCUCCAGCCCGCGUAGCUUCCCGCAGUUUGACCAGCUCCAAAGCAGCCAAGCGGAGAAGAGAAGAGAGGCCGCCACAAGCCAAGCCACCAUCCAUACAUACACAAACGGGAUCAUAGACAGAAGCAAGAGGCCGGCGGAGGAGGUCAAGAAGCAGAGCGAGCGGCGACGAGCCCCCGGAGCGGGCCGGCGGGAGGGCGAUGGACAUGAAGCGGGCGCGGAGCCCCCGGGCCCCGGCCGACGGCGGCGACGAGGGCGACAAGAGGAAGGCUGCCGGCGCCAGGUGGGGCGGCGCCGUCCGGCCCAAGAUGGUGCUGGUCGGGUUCCUCGUCACCCUGGCCAUCCUCGCCUUCACCUUCGGCGGCCGGUCGAACCCCCUCCCCUCCACCCCCUCCUCGCCGUCCUCCGUCCCCGAGGCCGGCGGUCGCCACGUCGUCGCCGGCGGCGAAACGCCCAAAAAAACCGUAAUCCCUCCGAAGAACGUGUCGGCGCCAGCCACAGUUCCGUCGCAGGACAAGCUUCUCGGCGGGCUACUCUCGGCGGCGUUCGAGGAAUCGACCUGCCAGAGCCGGUACAAGUCGUCCCUGUACCGGAAGCCGUCGCCGUUCCCGCUCUCCCCGUACCUGGUGAAGAAGCUGCGCAAGUACGAGGCGUACCACAAGAAGUGCGGGCCGGGCACGCAGCGGUACCGGAACGCCGUCGAGCAGCUCCAGGCCGGGCGCAACGCCGACGACGGCCCCGAGUGCAAGUACGUGGUGUGGUUCCCCUGCAACGGGCUCGGCAACCGCAUGCUCACCAUCGCCUCCACCUUCCUCUACGCGCUGCUCUCCGGCCGGGUCAUGCUCGUCAACGUGCCGCGCGAGCAGGAGGGCCUCUUCUGCGAGCCCUUCCCGGCCACCUCCUGGGUGCUCCCCGGCGGGUUCCCCGAGGGCAACCCGAUGAAGCUCAACGUCGGCGCGCCGGAGAGCUACGUCAACAUGCUCAGGAACGGCGUGAUCCGGCACGACACGCCGGCGGCGUCCCUGCCGGCGCACGUCUACCUCCACGUCGAGCAGACCCGGCUGAGGCUGUCGGACAACAUCUUCUGCGACGACGACCAGAAGCUCCUCGGCAAGUUCGGCUGGAUGAUCCUCAAGUCCGACAGCUACUUCGCGCCGGCGCUGUUCCUGACGCCCAUGUACGAGAGGGAGCUGGCGCGGAUGUUCCCGGAGAAGGAGGCGGUGUUCCACCACCUCGGCCGCUACCUCUUCCACCCGACGAACAAGGUGUGGGGGAUCGUGCGGCGCUACUACGAGGCGUACCUCGCCCGGGUGGACGAGAAGAUCGGGUUCCAGAUCAGGAUCUUCCCGGAGAAGCCGGUCAAGUUCGAGAACAUGUACGACCAGCUCACCAGGUGCAUCCGGGAGCAGCGGCUGCUGCCGGAGCUCGGCUCGCCGGCGAACGCGACCGGCGAACACGACGGGAAGGUGAAGGCGGUGCUGAUCGCGUCGCUCUACUCGGGGUACUACGACAAGAUCCGGGGCCUGUACUACGAGAACCCGACCAAGACCGGGGAGGUCGUGGCGGUGUACCAGCCGAGCCACGAGGAGAAGCAGGAGUACGCGUCCAACGAGCACAACCAGAAGGCGCUGGCGGAGAUCUACCUGCUCAGCUACUGCGACAAGAUCGCCAUGAGCGCCUGGUCCACGUUCGGGUACGUCGCGUACGGCUUCGCCGGCGUCAAGCCGUGGAUCCUGCUCCGGCCGGACUGGGACAAGGAGGUGUCGCAGGUGGCGUGCGUCCGGUCCACGUCCGUCGAGCCGUGCCUGCACUCGCCGCCGAUACUCGGCUGCCGGGCCAAGAAGGAGGUGGACGUGGCCCGCGUCAAGCCCUACGUCCGGCACUGCGAGGACGUCGGGUUCGGUCUCAAGCUCUUCGAUAGCUAAACAUGGAGCUUAAGCAUAGUGUAUCGUGUUCGGUUCAGGUCCACGUUCCGAAAACUGCAGAAAGUAAGAUUUUUCUUCCUCCCCUCUGUGGAUUAAUUAGGUGUUUAGGGGAUGUCUUUGCAUUCGCUUCGUCCUGCAUUCAAAUUCGUUCUUUGUACUACAACAUGUCCCGUACGUACACAGGUACAAGCGUAUACACAGACAGCAGCUAUUUGACCUCGUUUACAAGCGAAAA